CAUGACUCAAGAGUGGCACCAUGUGGCACUCUUUUAAAAUGGAGUAUGUCGUCAAUCCCAUCAAUCUAUUGAUAGUUCAACGGCAUUCACGACCCGGUGACGCUUAAUAAAAAAAAAAAUUAAGCCGUUAGAAGUUGGAAGGUGAGAGCAAUCGGGCAAUUGAAUUUUGUCAAUAUUAUUGUAUUAUGGCUCAAUAUCCGCCCAUUAAUGUACGUCUGGCGGUAAACAGGGUAGACUUCAAUUUAAUAACGAAUGAUGGCAUCCAGCCACGGCUCUACACUCCCGGCGAGGAGAUAUCCAGUCAACCGGAUUUUCUGAGAGGCCAUGGAACUUACGUUGAUGAUGAGAAAACGUUGCGUGCAUCAGUCGCUGGGAUCUUGGAAAAGGUGAACAAACUUAUAUCGAUUAGGCCUUUGAAGGCACGUUAUAAUGGAGAGAUCGGAGAUCUUGUCGUAGGAAGGAUAACGGAAGUACAACAGAAGCGUUGGAAAGUUGAUAUAAAUGCUAAGCUUGAUGCUGUCCUGUUGUUGUCCAGUGUUAAUUUACCUGGUGGUGAAUUGAGAAGAAGAUCCGUUGAAGAUGAACAGACGAUGCGCAGAUAUUUGCAGGAGGGAGACCUGAUUUGUGCAGAAGUGCAAUCAAUCUUCGCAGAUGGCUCACUCUCCCUACAUACGCGAGUAUUAAAGUAUGGCAAACUGUCGCAGGGGAUAAUGUUAAAGGUACCGCCGAUGUUAAUUCAACGCAAGAAGACACAUUAUCACACUCUAGAGAGCGGAGCCACUUUGAUACUCGGUUACAACGGCUAUGUAUGGAUCAGUGCAAACAUUCAAAAUGUUGAUAAAUCCGAGGGUGGUUUCACAGAGGAUCUGUCGAAAAUUCCAAUGGAAAAUCGCAAUGUUUGCACACGGUUACGUAAUUGUAUUUUGAUCCUGGCGCAAUGCAACAUGUUAUUAUCCGAUACCUCCGUGACGUAUGCUUACGAAGAAUCCUCUAAGUACGACGCACACGAGUUGUUGCAUUCCGAAGCGAUGAUCGAUGUAGACAUGGACGCGUGUUUCAACGCCUUCGAUAAAGACGGCGACGGAUUCCUGUCUAUUUCCGAAUUUGAUCUCAUAUGCCGCGCAUUGUUUCGAAAUGACCGCGGCAAGAUUUACGGCCUCGAGGAGGAUCAACUGCGCGAGGUGUAUUCAAUCUUUGAUCUCAAAGGCGACGGCCUGAUCGACAGGGAAGAGUUCGAGGUCUGCUGGAACCGAUGGAUCAAAGUAUGCACGCGUCCCAAAAGCGCUUUCCUAAUUGUGGACGUGCAAAAUGAUUUUAUAACAGGUUCCUUAAACAUAAAGCAUUGCGCCGCGCAACAUGAUGGUUCGGAAGUAAUCGACCCAAUUAACCGAUUGUUGGAAACUGUACCGUUCGAUGCGGUGUUUUAUUCCCUGGACUGGCAUCCCGUGGACCAUGUAUCCUUCAUUGAUAAUUUGCACUUGAGAGAGGUAGACAUCAGCAGCAAUAUCUCGAAGGAAGCGGCGCGGGUAUACGACACAGUAACGUUUCAAGGACCACCGUUGCUGAAGCAACGCCUGUGGCCUCGUCAUUGCGUACAGGAUUCCUGGGGUGCCGAACUCCAUAAGGACCUGAAGAUCGUCGACAAAGCGAUCAAGAUCUACAAGGGUACGAAUCCAGAAGUCGAUUCGUAUUCGGUGUUUUGGGACAAUAAGAAGCUCACCGAGACCACGCUGUCGUCGCAGCUGCAGGAAAAAGGCGCCACCGAUAUCUAUAUAUGUGGAUUGGCCUAUGACGUUUGCGUGGGCGCUACUGCAGUGGAUGCGCUCACCAGUGGUUAUCGCACUAUACUGAUCGAUGACUGCAGUCGUGGCGUGGACCUCGUCGACAUCGAGAAGACCAAGGCCACCGUAAUAGGCAGCAAUGGCGUGAUAGUGAACUCCAGCCAGGUGAAGGCUAUGGUGGAAGGAAGAGACCGACGACCGGAACUCGGUUACAAGCUCGCAUUGGAAAUAAAACAAAAAUUGAGCCUCGGUGAAGAAUAAUUAUAGCAAAUAGUAUAGUAUAUUUAGAAACAUUUAAAUGGUAUUAUAGAUUAAUAUGAAAGACCAUAAUCUCUCAUUUUGAAGCAAAUCUUGUAUGCUUAGAAAAGUUGAAAAUGAAAAAGAAAAAAACGAAGAAAAUAUGAUGCAAAGAUGAAUUAUAGAAUGGAGAUACUGUUUUCCGUUAAAUGUUAAGAUAGUUAAAUUAGAUAUUAGAACGUAAGAGCGUUGAAUUGGUUAAUAUAAGUGUUAUUUUUAGAAAGAAUUCU